UGAAGGGGAACGCGAGAGGAGCCCCGAGGAUCGCUCGCGCGGGGAAAGACGGGGCUCACACACACACACACUUAGAAGCGGGCGCCAAGAGGGGCGAGGGGUGAGAGAGAGACCUCGAGAGCCUGCAUCGCCUGCAUCACAAAUCAACUACCAGCUACCAUAUCCAUCAUCCAACCUCUCUCGACAUGUCCUUCAUACCGACCUGAUCGAACCGAUUGACCACGACCGUAUCCCAGGGAGACCAACCACCACGCCAGCAACCAGUGAAAGAUCGUUAGACAUCGCUCGACAACACUCCCCGCAUUAGAAUCUCGGAGGACGCCGAUACAGCCCGUUACAGCAUCUCGUUCACACCAGCUCGACAACAGACCCGAGCGCCUGUCUUUCUCGCUCGAGUUGCGAUUAGAGAGCACCUCGAAUCACAUAACUCGCAAAGACUUGGAUUGUCGGGAUAACUCGAACGUCCAGCAGAUCGUAUCGGCAUGGUUGGUAUCCAUGACGAUAUGCUUCAUCAACCGAGGAUCAAGAGGGAAGGCUUCGACAUCUCGCCUUCACCCGGUAUGACCUCGGGGAGCAAUUCUACCAGCAAUACCAUGGGAUUCGCCUUCGGACAGCCUUCUCCCGUCCCUCAAACUCCUCUACACCAGACGUUUGCAUCAGAACUCUCUCCUCAGGACAAUGCUUCUCCGAAAUACCCUUUGUGGAACGAUUCUCAACAGCAACAAUACCUGUUCAACAACCAUCAAGGCCAUAACCCGUCCGCCUCGACCUCUUCCCGUCAUGGUUUGAUAAACUCGGCAAACAUCUUCAACCAGCUCGAUCUGAGCAACGACAUACUCGACAUGCGCAUGAUUAACUCUCCCAGUAUCGACAGCAUGAAUGGUCCUGACGAGAAGCGAGACAAGGAACCAAAGGGGUUGCUGGAAAAAUACGUCGGUACUUUCCAGCAGCAGCAGCAGCAGCAGCAGCAACAACAACAACAGCGUAUGAGUGACUACAGCUUUGGACCAGACGAUGAGGACACCUCGACCCUAGGUCCGACAAACAAUUCCAGGCUGGGAAUGAACCUUGACGAUUCAGAGGAAGAUUCGCCCACUUCUCGCCCUGGCGAUAUGGAGACCAACUCGGGUGACAGCUUGCACCAGACUCAUCGACAGUUCUUGCAACACUUGCAAAGCAUGACCGCUCAACAGUUCCACCAGGCCGCCAUGGGAUCAUCUUCAGCGACCAGCUUGGGAAACAACAACGGAACUCCCAUGAACGCCGGGAACCGGGUCGGUACAGCCAGUUGGGGUGGAGGAUACCAAACCAGCUCGGCCAGAUUUGACGAUUCCGACCUGCUGGCGCUGAUGGGUGAUACCCAAUCACCCGAUGAGCCUAAUCGACCUCGCAAGCCUGGUCAAUCGACCAACGGAGAGUUUAGGCAGAUGAUGAACGAUUUGCACCAGCACCACCUUGCCUCGGAUCCGGACCCGACUACCAAGCUGUUCUCUGUCAGUCAGCAGAGUCAGGACGGGCGCGGAUCUUAUGCACCGAUCGAGGGCCAAGGCUUCGUCACUGGUCAUCAGCUACAGCAGGGACCUCUCGGGGCAUUCCCUGCAUCUGCUCCAGCUGCCUUCCAGGACGGCUUCCCAGGCCGUCUUGGUGCCGAGACCGACCACUUCGGUAGGCUCGGCGGGAUUGGAGGUGCCGUUUCUGCUAUGGGAUAUGGUGGAUACUCAUAUCACCCUCAGAGCGGUCUCGGUGGAGACGGCGAUCAGAGAUCCGAUAUGAACCUUCAUCACGGCAAAGGCAUCCCCGUCGGCACCUCCAGCGGUAUUCAGGGGAACCAUGCCACCCUCGACUCGCUUUCCAGGCAAUUGGGACAGGGUACGCCGAGCCUGAUCGAUGGUUCCGUUUCGUCCCUCGGGAACGCGUCGUUGUUCUCGAGCAUCAUGGGAGGCCAAUGGGGCAUGGGGGAUGGGCACAGGAAUACUUAUCAAGCUGGAGGAUUCCGAGGACAGGCCGGACAAGGCGGGUAUCACGAUACUGUCAGUGUCUUCAGCCAUGGCGACGGCACUGGCGAGAAUGACAAGAGUCCAGACUCCCUCGGUGACGACCGAGAUGGGCAUGACAAGAUGAAGAACGGCGUGGAUGACAAGACAACCGCCAGUCGAGGAAGGACGAAGAGCACGAGCAAGAUGGGCGGGUUUGGUGGAGACAAGGCGAUCAAAGGCAAGCCCAAACUCGCUCGUAGAAGCUCAUCCAUAGCAGCAGCAGCAUCUGGCGGCAGUGCUGUUCGAAACGAGACCGCUGGAGGACCUAGUGGAGGGAUCGGCAAAGCCCCUCGAGCUCCGAGCAAGACCCGUCCUGCUCACAAACGUACCGGAUCUAAUGCGUCGCGAGUUCCUAAUGCUACCGUACCCGGUCCCACAUCGUCCUCCUCGUCUGGCCCCCGUUCUGGUAACGGAACCGUCUCCCCAGCGCAGUUCGAUUACGCGUUGCCUUCCCUCGAAGCAACCUUCCAAUCGCCCCGACCUGACGCUCAGCGAAAACGUUCCGACUCGGCUGCGAUGACGGUCGAUCGCGCGAGCGUCGAGUUGCCGUUGUUCAGAGGUCAUAUGAACGAGAUCAAUGCUCAACACUCGGCGGCUCACAUGAUGUCGAUGGGAAAUCAGCGACGUUCGAGUAUGGCCCGUACGCCCUCGUCUGCCUCUACGUUAGGCGUCUUCCCAGAUGUCGGUGACGAGGGCCUUUGGCGACGACAUUCGAUGAACGAUGCGGUUCGACCGGAUCUGGUCAGUUUCGGAAUGGGUGUCAUGACAGGCGAUGGAAUGGCCACCGUAGAUGAAGCUGCAAUCGAGGAUGGAGACGCCGAAGAUAGUCCUCCGAUUCUCAGCGCAGAAGAGUUGGCCAAAGCACGAAUCUCGCGUCGGCGUCUAUCGCACAAUGAGGUUGAGCGCAAGCGAAGGGAGACGAUCAACGAAAAGAUCCAGGAGCUCGAGACGCUUCUACCUCCCAAUGUCGUCGCUGGGGCCAUCGCUGCACGGGAUGUGGAAUCGAUCAAGGAAGAAGACGAGGAAGAUCUCGAUGCCAAACCGCUCGAGGCUGUCAAUAGCAAGGGCAAGAAAAUCAAACCUAGGAAUCGCAAGAUUAUCAAGAAGGCGCAAGUACCGGACAAGCUGUGCAAGGGGACGGUCUUGUGCCUGACGGUCGACCUGGUCAAGCAAUUACAAGAGAUGCUACACAUCAAGUCUGCUCGAGAACAGCAGCUGCUGUUGCAGGUGCAAGCGCUUCAAUCCCAGCUGGGUGUACCACCCAAUAUGAUGGAACAAGGCAUCUACACUGGCACGAGCGCAAACGACCCGUUUACUGGGAUCGCUGAUCUGGGUACGGACGAUUUGCGAUCUAUCAACGACCUCGAUCUUCGGUCGCUCGGCCACAGACACAACCACUCCAUUAUUGGGAAACAACUAGCCUCCCCUCUGUCGGCCGGGCACGAAGACUCGAUCAUGGCUGACCAGAUAUUGAACGACGACAUGGCCGCACUGGUCGAUUUCCGAGACUGAGAGAGAUUUUAAUAUAACGACGUGCAAGAAGGACCAUGCGAACUGCAUCUUUAUAAUCGUCUGUACUGAUUCGAUGACCUGAGACGACGUUUCGCGAUGUGACAAAUGUUGUUGAUAUUUUGUAUAAUGCGGAAGUCACAAGUUGUAUCCAGAUAAAAAGAGAGUUGUGCCGCUGUAGAGCU